AUGGCAAAGUCACCUCAGAAUUUGGAUUCCGAUCUCCAGUGGCAUCUCAUUGGUGGCGUAGAAGAAUUAAAACAGAAAGUAUGUCGGAAAGUCUACAUGCAGGGCGGCCAGGGCCUAGCGCUCUUCUACGUGGCCCCAGACAAAUUCUUCCUGACAAACUCCACGUGCCCGCACGCCCGCGGUCCACUGGAGCAGGGAGACAUUGAAGACAUCGGCGGCAGCUUCAAGGUCGUGUGCCCUCUGCACUAUUACAGCUUUGACCUGGUUACUGGACAGUCUGCUACGGGCCUCACGCUGCGCACGUACAAGACUGAGGUCAGAGAGGAUGGUUUGUACGGACUCACGCCGUUCCCUGUGUCCCUUACCAGAUGA